AUGAGGAAUCGAAUAAUUGUUGUCUGUGUUUUCGUCUUGGUAAUUCCUUUUGCUGAUUUCACGAUUGUUGAAAAUUCCUCCAAGUCGAACAUAGGCGCAGAUUCUGAUGACGUAGAAAAAGCUGGUCGUAUUUUAAACGAUUUUCACGAUAUAUUUAAAUAUGUCACUAGUAAUGUCGCUCGAUUGAUGCUUCCCGUCAUGUUGAAAAUUACUGAAGAUGUAAACGUCUCUCGCUCGUGUAUCGAAGGUGGGAUGCGUUUAUUAGAAGAUUUAAAGCAAAAUAAAGGGUGGACUCUACAAUUGAUUGAUUCUUUCGGGAAACCAUUUGGAAUAAUUAGAGGAAAAUUUUGGUUACACGGAGAUUACGAUCAAUGCUUGAAUAUUGAAGCUAUAGAGGAUAAGACCAGAAAAAAUGAAGAAAAAUUAAACACUAUAUAUGGAAAAUUUUGUGCAUUAACUAUUGGAUUUAAUUCAUAUGAAUUCAGUGAUGUGCCAGUAGAUAACAAUACUAAAAAUAUACUUAACAUGAUGAAAGAUUUUGUUAAACCGUUUCCAUUGAGAAAAUUAUUUGAAAUGGCCAAUUACUCCAAAGUAAUAUUUCGUGUUGAUAUUUGUAUACCGAGCACGUGUAGUCAAGAAGAUAUAGAAAAUAUUCUUCACUGGGCAAUGAAAGAUUCUUACAGAGCAGAGGUGAAAUUCUGCAAAGUGAAAGACGAUAAGAUUCGCCUGUCUACAAGUCAAAUAAUUUGCAUAGCUGCAAUCAGCGUCUUUAUAACGUGGGUUUUUAUUGGAACAUUCCUGGAGAUUCUGAUUAUACAGAAUAUAGUUAAUGUUCCUUGUGAUAAAGAGUGUUAUUUUGAAAACUAA